UGCAGCCUAUGCAUGUCGGCCAAAAUUCUAGAAAUACAGACGUGAAAUAUGCAAUUGACGCGCAACAACGCGCUAGCAACUUAUCUUACCAUUUGAUGCUGUGAACAUGCCUUCGGACGAUUCAACUGCGAAGGCACAGGCCCGCUUGUCGCAGGUUCAGUCACAUGUCCAAAGAUCCUCUGAACGUGGAGAGGUGAAGACACGUCAACGUCGGAAGAAGGAUCGCAGCGGUGAUGAUGAAUUACCUGCAGACUACUCAGAUAUUUUGGGCCAAAUCAAGACAUUGCAAAGGAUUGCUGCGACACCACCUACUCAAAGCAGGGGCUACAUCCGGCAAAAGCAAGCUGGAAAAUUAUGGGUUCGCGAACGAGUGGAUGCGCUCCUUGAUCCAGGGAGCUUCAAGGAGGUUGGCAGUGUCAGUGGAGAGGUCAAAUGGAAGAAAGUGGGCUACGCGAGAGAGGAACCGACAGAUUAUGUGCCCUCGAAUAACGUUCAAGGUUUUGGCACGCUGAAGGGACGGAGAAUAGUCUUUACUGUCGAUGACUUUUCCUUACGUGCUGGUCAUGCCGAUGGCGCUCUCUACGCAAAGACUCUCUUCAUUGAGGAUUUUGCUCUUGCACAAAAGGUUCCUAUCGUCAAGUUAGUUGACGGCUCGUCUGGUGGAGGAUCGGUUACCACAAUCGAGAAAGAAGGAUGGUCAUAUCUUCCGGCCAUUAGAAAUUUUAACGUCGUUUGCAAGCAGCUCAACGCUGGAAUUCCUAACCUAGGUGCUGUAGUAGGUCCGGCGAUUGGACUGGGGGCAGCACGAGUUGUAGCAUGCCAUUUCAGCGUUAUGGCCGCAGACAUAGGGAGUCUUUUCAAUGCUGGACCAAAUGUCGUGGCCAAUGCCACCUUCGAAGAGGGCCUCGCCUUUACGGAUCUGGGUGGGCCUAUGAUGCACUGCACUAAUGGUACAAUUGACAACAUUGCUCCCAACGAGGCAGCCUGUUAUGAGCAGAUUCGGAACAUCAUCCAAUAUCUUCCAAACCAUGGAUUAGAGGCGCCUCCGAUUAUCCCAUGCGACGAUCCAGAUGACAGGUCUACUCCGUCAAUGCGUACUCUGAUUCCAAGGCGACGGGAACGCAUGUUUCCUGCGCACAAGCUCCUCGAGAUUGUAGACAAAGGCUCGUGGUUCGAAAUCGGCGCUCUAUGGGGUAGAACAGCGAUAUGUGGCCUGGCCAGACUGGCAGGUCGCCCCGUUGGCGUGAUCAUCAAUAAUAGCGAGGUCAACGGCGGAGCACUCGACACGCCCGGCUCGCAGAAGCUUACGCGACAUCUCAAGUUCCUAGAUGUUUUCAACAUUCCGCUAAUCCAAUUUAUUGACGUCCCCGGCUUCGCAAUCGGCACCAAAGCUGAGCGUGAGGCAACAAUGAGGCAUGGAGUGAACCUUACUGGAGCAUACUGCGGGACAACGAUGCCUGUUUUCAAUGUGGUCACAAGGAAAGCGUACGGCGUGGCUGGUCAAAUCAUGAUUGCCGCAAGGGAGCCGAGAACGAUGGUCGCAUGGCCGUCAGGGGAAUGGGGCUCGCUUCCACUAGCUGGCGGCGUUGAAGUAGGACAUGCAUAUGAACUGAAGCAAAUUGAGAAGGAAAAAGGACCAGAGGCCAGGAAGGCGAGGUAUGACGAGUUGAUGGAAUUAUACAAGCGACUGCAAAACCCCGUGCGUACUGCCAACGCAUUCGGGGUGGAGGAGAUUGUAGAUCCGGCUGAUACUAGACAUAUUUUGUGCACGUGGAUAAGACAUGUAUACGACACCUUGAUGCCGAUCAGAAUCAUGGAUAGGGCGAAUGGCAAGAUUAACCCUGUAUUCUACUAAUUAUAUACCGAUAAUAAAGCAGACUUGCGGUGUUCCUAAAGUGAAGCAGA